CCCACUCGGCAGGGAAGAGGCACGUCCGAGUCUCCUCCCUCCUUGCCACCAGCGACUCCCAGCCUCAGCCCCGGCCAUGAGACCUCCGCACCUCCACCCCUCCACCGCCUCUGGCCCCUGGGCCAGGGCAAUGCUGCUGCUGCCGCUGCUCGUGACGCAACUCUGGGCCGCAGAGGUGGUGCUGCUCCCCAGAAACGACACCGACGUGGACCUUGCAGCCUCCGGCGCCCCGUGCGCACGAGGCUCGCAGCCCUGGCAGGUCUCCCUCUUCAGUGGCUUCAAGUUCCACUGCGCGGGCGUCCUGGUGGACAAGAGAUGGGUGCUCACAGCCGCGCACUGCGGCAACAAGCCUCUGUGGGCCCGCGUUGGGGACGACCACCUGCUGCUUAUCCAGCAUGAGCAGCUCCGCAGGACCACCCACCCUAUCCCCCACCCCAAGUACCAACAUGGCCUGGGCCCCAUCCUGCCGAGGCGGACGGACGAGCACGACCUCAUGCUGCUGAAGCUGGUCAGGCCGGCCGUGCUGGGGUCUCGCGUCCAGACCCUGCGCCUGCCCUCCCGCUGUGCCCAGCCGGGAGAUCGGUGCCAGGUGGCCGGCUGGGGCACCACGUCCAGCCGAAGAGUGAAGUACAACAAGGGCCUGAGCUGCUCCGGGGUCACUGUCCUGAGCCCUAAAGAAUGCGAGGUCUUCUACCCCGGUGUGGUCACCAGCAACAUGAUGUGUGCAGGACUGGACCAGGGUCAAGACCCCUGCCAGAGUGACUCUGGUGGCCCUCUGGUCUGUGACGAUACCCUGCAAGGCAUCCUCUCAUGGGGUGUUUAUCCCUGCGGCUCUGCUCAGCAUCCAGCCGUCUACACUCAGAUCUGCAAGUACACCUCCUGGAUAGAGAAAACCAUACGCAACAACUGAGCCCGAGGCCUGGUACCUCCACCAGCUGCCUUCUUCCCCUUCCUCGGCAAUUGUGGGGGCUGGACUCCUCCCCUGCCCCGUUUGAACCCCCGCUGCCCGUCCACACCUGCUGACGUCUCUCCUUCCCCCUCAUCCUCCCUGCCCACCGCUGCUCUCUGCCCACUUUGGAGCCAAAGUGCCAAAAGUGAUGGCAAAGUUUUUUGUUUUUUUUAAUGUAAGAGAAACAAAGAAGCUGGUGGUCACCCUGUCUCUGAGAGGGGUUGUCACACAGCCAACUGGCUUCCUCUACCACUCCCUGCUGUGUGGCCUCAGGCAAGCUAAGCACCCUCUCUGGGCCUCUAUUUCCUCAUCUGGAAAAUGAGGACAAUGAAGUGCCCACCUCAUAUUCGCAUUGUGAGGAGACUAUGAUAU